AGUUGAUAAUGAACUUUAAUUGUAGAGUUCUAGUAAUCCCACAUUACCUUCCCACAUCGCAGUUAUCACAUAAUCGCGUAGUUGCCUAGUUCUAUUCCCACAUUACCUUCCCAAAUCGCAGUUAUCACUCCGGCUUCCCGUAAUCCGUUAAGUCUCACAUCAUCCGGUCGCCGGUGAACGCAAUUCCAUGGAAUGGCAGACGGCUACCAUUGCAACCUCUGCCAGUGCGGUUUUGAGAAAAAGAAAGUGAUUGAAGAUCAUCACAAACGAGUACAUCCCAGAGGCAAUGUUUGUAGUAAGUGCUUCUUUGUCUUUGAGUCGGUGGCCGAUCUCGAGGUACAUCGGUACCGAGUGCACCAGGGGUACCACCCAGCAGCAGCACCUCAGGGGCAGAAUGCGGCCGCUCCAGCCGGGAAUCAAGGAGACGGCCAGUAGGUCCACCUUCUUUCGCAACCGAGAGGUGAACGCAGAGCCGAUCCCCAUUCCCCGAAUCACAGCAGCUCUGGAAUUGCAGAGGGAGCCAAUGGUGAUCGCCGGCGACGGCGUGCGGCCUUGGAACUUCUCGGCUCAGCAGGGUAUCAGACCAACACCGACGAGGCUGCAAGCACAGCCAGCUGGAGUUGCUUACUCUCAUCCACUCAGUAAUGUUGUAAAUUGCCUGGCUUACUUUGGUCCAACCAUGUUGUUUGCUGAUCUUAGAUGCUCACCAUCUUGUAAGCGUGCUGGACUUCACGGGACACUGUCCAUGUGGCCUCCUGAUUGUUUUCGGUACAAAGGAACCUUCUAUGUCUUCAACAAGAUGGUAAGACAGGUAGGGUUUGCCAGGCUGUGGAAGGGCACAAAUGCGGCUCUUCCUCUAGCUGUCCCAACUGUCGGCAUUUACUUACUCUUAUAUGAUGUAUUCCGCAUCUGGCUCGAGGAAAAAACCUCUGAGAGUAUUCCUGCUGCAGCCCCAUAUGCUCCCUUGGUAGCUGGCUCACUGUCACCUUCAUUAGCUUGUAUGACUUGCUAUCCUGUUGAACUUGCCAGAACUCGCAUGCAGGCAUUCAAGGGUACACAACAUGGUAUGAAAGCUCCUGGAGUUCUGAAUACUCUACUUGAAGCCCUUACUCAUGUGCAAGGCACGGAUAACCCUCAAACUAAUUGGAGAGGUUACCGGCUACUGUGGACAGGCAUGGGAGCACAGCUUGCCCUUGACGUUCCAUUUUCUGGAAUUUGUUCGGCACUACUUGAGCCUAUGAGGAUAAAUCUUCUGAGUGUGGUUGGAGAUGACGCGAAUGUGGCCAGUGUACAUGGAGCCAACUUCUCCGCUGGUUUCAUCGAAGGAAGUGUUGGUGCAGCUGCAACGUGUCCCCUGGAUGUUGCUAAAACUCGAAGGCAGAUAGAGGUUAGUGUGCUAUCUUCCAAGGUUUUCAUGAUUCAACAGAAUGGAUCCUGUAAGGGCACUAAGUAUGACAACUCGGCGAACGCUAAUGGAGAUUUGGAGGGAUGGAGGAAUGAGAACGUUGGCAUUGUGGUCGCGUUCUACGAGGUGGUGAAGUGCGCUCUGCAUUCUCGAUAUGAAUCCGCUUAGGAGGAAAGCAUCAGAUGGCGUUUUGCUGAUUGACCAUUUUGUUUCUAGUGUUCAUAGUCAUGACAGAUGUUCCUUGGGGAGUAUAGGGAAUGAGAAAGUAAAGGUUGGGUAAAAAGUAGGGUAGCAGCAAAGUAACAGUUGAUAACAGAAGAGAGGCAGUUGGGUUUACUGGUGAAGCUUCCUCAUUUCUUUUUCUGGUUCACUGAUAGGUAGAGCCUGCCAUGGAGAAUGGUUGCGGCCUUGAGUUGAUACGAAACAGAGACCACCCAUACCUUGAAUUUCGACCCAAACUGGGGUUGGAUUCGGUGGCGGAACUUGUACAGUUUUAUUACAUGCUUGAUCUUGUAUAAAUUUGCACCUAGACAUUGGUUUUAAUCAUUCGAAUUGAUAAAAAAAUAUAGACAAGCAAAACUGAUC